AUGAUUGAUCAAUAUAAACAUCAACACCUUCGAAUUGGAUCAGUUUCCUCUGAACAAAUAAGUGUUUGGGCAAAAAAAAUCCUACCUAAUAGAGAAACAGUUGGAUCUACACCUGAGGAAUUAGUAAUGUGUCAAGAAAAAUUGGUACAAGAAGCAGUGGAUACACUUCUUGAUAAUGGAAUCUGCGGACAACCAAUAAGGGAUGGUAAUAAUAAAGUUUACAAACCGUUUUCCAAUAUAAUUGAGGGCAAAGAGAGAAGAUUUCGAGAGACUCUUCUUGGAAAACGAGUUGAUUAUUCGGGGCGUUCUCUUAUUGUCGUAGGUCCAUCACUUUCAUUACAUCGAUGUGGACUGCCUCGCAAAAUCGCAAUAGAGCUAUUUCAGACGUUUCUAAUUCGUGGUUUAAUUCGAAACCAUUUUGCUUCGAACAUAUGA